AUGCCGGCGACCACCGCAGCUCCGCCGCAAUUAUGCCGUCGUUCUGCAUUUGAAGUUGGGCAAAGUAUUAAUCCAGAGUUCGUGAAAGGGGUUGAUGAAUUCAUUCAAUACGUCAAAGAUAAUCCCGAGAGUAGUAACCCGAAUGAAGUUAGGUGUCCAUGUGCUAAAUGUAAGAACAAACGGCUUUGGGAUCCAGAAACGGUUAAAAUUCAUCUGUUUCGCACGGGUUUUAUACCUAAUUACUAUGAGUGGAUGUGUCACGGGGAAGGGUUUCCGAUAGUUCCUGAAUGGGGGUCCAAUGAAUAUCAUGAAAUGGUUUUCGAUGCUUUUGGUCAUAGUCAGGAUCAAGGGUAUUCCGAGCAGGCUAGUGUUUCAUCAGAGGAGAAGCCUAAUGCGCAAGCUAAGCAUUUUCUGGAGUUGUUGAAGGCUUCUGAAAGGCCAUUAUACGAAGGGAGUUCGUUGUCUGUUGAAGCAAUUCCUAACAACAACCAUAUGGCCGACACAUUCUAUGAGGUGAAGAAGAUUGUGAAGGGCUUGGAACUGCCUCAUGAAAGGAUUCACGCUUUCCCGAAAGGAUGUAUGUUGUUUUGGAAGGAUGACGCUCAGCUGUCUACAUGUAGGGCGUGUGGCAGCGACCGAUACAAGGAGACUUCCAAGGGUAGCCUAGUGCCUUUGAACGUUUUGUUUUAUAUCCCGAUCACACCCAGGUUGCAAAGGCACUUUACAACCAAGAACAUUUCGGAGGAAAUGACAUGGCAUUCGAAAAAUCCUCGAGUUCAAGGCACAAUGGCACACCCUAGUGAUAGUGAAGCUUGGAAACACCUCGAUAGUUUCUUUUCAGAGUUUGCCUCCGAGCCUCGUAAUGUUCGGCUUGGCUUGUGCACAGAUGGUUUUGCUCCUCAUGGCAAGUUUGGUGGACAAUAUUCUUGUUGGUCUGUCACUUUGACCCCUUACAACCUGCCUCCCUCAAUGUGUAUGAAACAAUUUAUGUUCCUUUCGUUGCUCGUUUGUGGUCCUAAAAACCCUAAGGGAAACUUGGAUGUGUACAUGCAACUAUUGAUAGAGGAGUUGAAACAGUUAUGGGAAGUUGGCGCGCAUACGUAUGAUAUUUCCAUGAAACGGAAUUUCAAUCUUCGAGCAGCCAUCCUAUGGACUGUUAGUGACUUCCCAGCUUAUGGUAUGUUGUCCGGUUGGGCCAUAUCUGGUAAGAAAGCUUGUCAAUGUUGCAUGGAUAAAAGGAAAGCAUUUUGGCUCGAACAUGGUUGUAAGGUUUCUUGA